AGAAAUAAAACGGUUUAGCUCGCCCACUGCACUGCAACUGCAAGUGGAAUCGAGUUGGGUGGUCCGAAAUCCAUGCCUUUGCCUCUGGCCGUCUCUGCCUCUCCUCGCUCGAUCUUCCUCUCUAGAUUUAAAAUCUUCCCCUCAGUCUCACCCCGCUUCCAUGCCCUCCACCGCUUCCCCUCGCCUCUCCUCCGCCCUCGCCCCUCUCUCACAACUUUCCUCCUCAAACCCCCUUCGUCCCUAACCCUCGCUACCCGUAUGCCUUUCUCCGCCGCCGCCGCCGCCGCCGCCGCCACCCCCGCCGCAGCUACGCCCAACCCUGACAUCGCCCCCGCCAUCACCAUGUCCAAGAAGAAAGCCCGCCGCGACUCCCCUGAGUUCAUCCUCCGCCGCGGCCUCGACAUGUGCUCCAAGAACGGGGACCUCCCCGAGGCACUCCGCCUCUACGACGCCGCACGCGCCGCCGCCACUCCACUCUCCCUCCACCUCUUCAACGUCCUCCUCUAUCUCUGCUCCUCCCCCUCUGCCGGUCCCCUCGGCCUCGACCGCGGCUUUGAAAUCUACCGCCAGAUGGGCCUUGACGGCGUCGAACCCAACGAAGCGACCUUUACUAGUUUGGCCCGCCUCGCCGCCGCCAAAGAGGACCCCGACCUUGCCUUCGACCUCGUCAAGCAGAUGGCUGCCGCUGGUAUCCCGCCCAAGUUGCGUUCUUUUGGUCCGGCGUUGUUUGGGUUCUGCAAGAAAGGCGAGGUCGAGAAGGCUCACGAGGUGGAGGCUUACAUGACCGAGACUAACGUUGAGCCCGAGGAGACAGAGCUCGCUGCGCUCCUUCACGCCAAUGUUCAAAAGGAUAGGGGAGACGAUGUGUAUCGUCUGCUCCACCGGUUACGGACUAUUGUUAGACGGGUGUCCGAGUCUACUGCAGAUAUGAUCGAGAGUUGGUUUAAUACGGAAGCUGCAGAAGAAGUUGGGGUGGAGAAAUGGGAUAUCAAAAUAGUGAAGAAAGGGAUAGUGGAGGGAGGAGGCGGUUGGCAUGGGCAGGGUUGGUUAGGGAAGGGACGUUGGAACGUGGGCAGGACUCAGAUGGACGAGACUGGCGUGUGCAGGAGGUGCGGGGAGAAACUUGUGUGCAUAGAUAUAGACCCUGCAGAGACAGAAGAUUUUGCAAACUCACUGGCAAAGCUAGCUUCUGAGAGAGAGGCUAGGGCUGACUUCACAGGAUUCAAGGAUUGGCUUGAUCAUCAUGGACCAUUCGAUGCUGUUUUAGAUGCUGCAAACAUUGGCCUUAACAACCAAAAAAUAUUCAAUUUUUUUCAGCUGAAUUCGGUUGUCAAUGGUAUGCGUCAAUUGAGUCCUUCAAAGAAAUUGCCUCUGAUUAUUCUUCACAGUCACCGCUUGAGAUCUGGCCCUGCUGGUAAACCACAUAAUCAGAGACUGUUGGACAGUUGGCGCAGGGCUGGGGUAUUAUAUGCAACCCCACCUGGAUCAAAUGAUGAUUGGUAUUGGCUAUAUGCAGCUGUUAGAUGUCGAUCCCUGCUUGUCACAAAUGAUGAAAUGAGAGACCACUUAUUUGAACUACUUGGAACUAGCUUCUUUCCGAGAUGGAAAGAGAAGCAUCAGGUUCGCUUGACCUUCUCACCCAAUGGUCUCGCUUUUCACAUGCCACCUCCAUAUUCAGUAGUAAUACAGGAGUCUGAAGGUGGGCGAUGGCACAUACCAACAGUUUCAGGUGAUGAAGUUGAAACCUCUAGGCAGUGGAUCUGCUCAACCAGAUAUGCUAUGGCAGCCUCUUCACCUCCUCCGCAAAAAGAAACAAAUAAUUUAUCUAAAUUAAACUAUUAAGACGUAAGCUUUUGUAUAUUCAUUUUAAAACAUUUCAACUUUAUUUGAUCAUUCUUGUAUUAUUAGGCUUAGAGAUACUGAGUAUCUCUAAGCCAGAGAGUUCUCUUGUAAAGGACAAACAUACUUGAGAUACUUGAGUAUUUCAAUCAUUAAUUUUAUCUUGACCGUC